AUGACGUCUACCGUGGAGAAGGAUUACGACGGCGUGUUUUUACCUGGAACGGAAGCGACCGUUUACAAUGUGAUACGUCAAAGUACGACGUCAUAUACGAUGGGUUAUCCAAAAACGACCGCUACUCUGAGGUAUGUUCCAGUACGAAUCAAAACUCACUACAGUUGUCCCCUGCUUUUGCGCAAGUCGAACUGUGGGUCUGACAUUUAACCUUUGCAAGCAGUAUUCUUUCAAACAAAUAUUGAAAAUGUGAGGGAUAUGAGGAAUUUGAUUGACUUUGUUCUCGAAGAAAAGUCCGAGUAAAACACAGUGGAAUCAAUCGUAGAUAACAAAACGAUGACGGGGAAAAUGUGGAACUAGUGCGUAACGAUGCAACAUAGCAUGCGCACUGGUAGUGCCGGUCUUUUUCAGUACUGUACUACGAUUUUUUUGUCGUUUUCAUCGUAAACUACAUUUUACGGCCUUGCAGCUUUGACGGGUAGACCCAAUCUCAGAAAAAUACAAUCUGAGUCAAAUGCGAUUUUCUGUUCAGCAAAGAAAAUACGAGCAUAUACGACCAUUUACGCUAGUUUAUGACGGUUGUAUACGUGUACCCUAGACAAGAAUUUUUUGCUAAAACUGAUAGGAUUCUUAUAAGAACCUUAUCAGUUUCUUAUAUAAGAUUGUUUAAUCUUACAUUUCCAUCGACAGUCGUAAGUGUCUUAUAAGAAUCUUAUAAGAUAUUCAUAAGAGGCUCGUAAGAAAAACAUAAGAAGGACCAAAAAUUCUAAUGUUGUUAAUACGUACUAGAAGGCAUCUUAUGAGUCGGCUUUUACGAUUUCUGUUAUGAUUAAGUUACUUCUACUUGCUCUCAAAUCUUUUGGGCUAGUAAGUGGCCGUAACGGUCAUUUAUUCUGAUGACUUGUGAGU